AUGUCAGCCCUCAGCCUGGUCGUCCUGAGCCUGCUCACGGCAAUGCCACCCGCCAGCUGUCAACAAGCCCAGGGGAACCUGCAGCCCUGGAUGCAAGGCCUUAUCGCCAUGGCUGUGUUCCUGGUCCUUGUCGCAAUCGCCUUUGCUGUCAACCACUUCUGGUGCCAGGAAGAGCCGGUGCCUGUAAACACGGUCAUGACCAUUGGAAACACAGCUGACAGGAUCCUGGUGGGAACAGACGGCAAGUACUCCUCAAUGGCAGCAAGCUUCAGGUCCAGUGAGCACGAGAAUGCCUAUGAGAACAUCCCAGAGGAGGAGGGCAAGGUCCACAGCACCCCAAUGUGA